UGUAAGCUCCAAUCCUCAUAGUGAUUCUACUUAUUUUCUUUCAUUUAAAGUUGUUUACUUGCAGCUUUUUAUUACAAUAUGGAGUUUAUGGGGUUCCACUUAUCAGCUUCUAACUCAUAUUCUCCCACUUUUAAGCUUAAGUGUCAACAAUUCGACAAGGGUCGAUUGACAUUACCUGGGGUUAUACUUUGUGCUAAUCGUAAGCUUAAACACGACGAAACUGUGUGGAGACAGAAACAGUCAACACAAAAUGUAGAUUUCCCACCAAAAUUACCAAAGAAAAAGAAAAAACCAUACGCUAUUCCCUUUAAAGAAAUGAAACAGGCUGCAAAGGUUGAGAGAAAACUUGCUAGCAUGGGAAUAGAGAAACCUCUUGAACCUCCAAAGAGUGGAUUGCUUGUUCAAAACUUAGUUCCGGUUGCUUAUGAAGUAUUUGAUGCUUGGAAGCUUUUGAUCAAAGGUCUUUCUCAGCUAUUGCAUGUGAUUCCUGUAUAUGGCUGUAGCGAAUGCUCCGAAGUUCAUGUGGCUCAGACAGGUCACUGCAUUCUAGAUUGUGAAGGCCGUACGAGUUCAACGCGUCAUAGUUCUCAUGCAUGGGUGAAAGGUUCCGUCAACGAUAUACUUGUCCCAAUUGAGUCUUAUCAUCUCUUUGAUCCAUUUGGUAAGCGCAUUAAGCAUGAUACACGGUUUGAAUACGACCGAAUUCCAGCUGUCGUCGAACUCUGCAUUCAAGCUGGUGUGGAUAUCCCUGAGUAUCCUUCACGUCGAAGGACUAAUCCCAUACGAAUGGUAGGAAAGAAAGUAAUUGAAAGAGGCGGACAUCUCGAGGAGCCUAAGCCAUUGCCCAUUGCAGAGUCCUCUCCAAUCAUCGACUUUGAUACUUACCGAGCUUGUGAGCGAUUUCCACGUCCACCAUUGUCAGAAGUACCUAAAAUUGCUCAAGAAACAAUCGACGCGUACGAAAUUGUUAGAAAAGGUGUCAAGAAGUUGAUGAAGAAGUACACGGUGAAAGCGUGUGGUUAUUGCUCGGAGGUUCAUGUGGGACCAUGGGGUCACAAUGCUAAGCUAUGUGGAUCAUUUAAACAUCAAUGGAGAGAUGGAAAGCAUGGUUGGCAAGAUGCUACUUUAGAUGAAGUUUUACCUCCAAAUUUUGUGUGGCAUGUUAGAGACACUAAUGGACCUCCCAUUAAUGCAGCAUUGAAGAGAUACUAUGGAAAGGCACCUGCGGUAGUCGAAGUGUGCGUGCAAGCCGGUGCGCGUAUUCCAGUUGAGUACAAGCCGAUGAUGAGGCUUGACGUUGUAAUUCCGGACACCGAUGAGGCAAGAAUGAUUGCUUGAUGUGAUCUCACAAAAUGCAGGUUGUAUCUCAUUGCCUUGAAUGGAUGCUAGUUUUGGAUGUAUUCAACAUGUAUAUAUAAUAUAAGCCAAUAGUAGAACAAGUAGGUUAUAUCACUAAAUUUUGGUGUGUGAAUUUGAAUGUAUAAUGUCUUAAACUAGUGAGAAGAAUUAUGUAAUAAGAUCAAUGCAUGUGUUAAUUUAUUGUA